GUCUUGACGGGGUCAUCGCAUCGGUGAGCAGUGGGAAGGGUCCGUCCUACAUAUCCAAAACUCUCCACAUAAACGCACAAACAAUUCACUCAGCCUGAUAUUUUCUGUAGAAUGGCGUCUGUAUUUUCAGCACUCUUUCUAUUUCUCUGUGUCAUCACUCCAAUUGCAGUAGAAGCUCAACCCAAAAUAAUAAGCUUGGGCUCUUUGCUUUCCCCCGCUACUCAGCCUUCUUCAUGGUCAUCACCUUCUGGCCGAUUUGCAUUUGGAUUCUAUCCUUUAGGUGAUAAUCGCUUUGUCAUUGGAGUUUGGUUGGUGGGCAAACCAGCAAAUACACUUGUCUGGAUGGCGAAUAGAGAUGACCCACCGGUCUCGUCAAAUGCUACUUUGCGCCUAACCAUGAACGGUAGAGUAAUUCUCUCUCCUGGAACUGAGCCAGGUGAAGGAAAAAGCAUUACCUCUACAUCAGUCACCAGUUCCUAUGCAUCCAUGCUGGACUCCGGUAAUUUUGUGCUUUACAGUAUUUAUUCCGGGGUUUUGUGGGAGAGUUUCAGUCAUCCGACCAGCACCUUAUUAGGAGGUCAGUUUCUAUCCACGGGGAAUCAAUUGAUUUCCAGUGUAUCCGAAACAGAUUGCUCAUCUGGACGGUUUCGUCUCAAGCUGCAGAACCCAUACGCUGUUCUUUACCCCAUAAAUACCCCUGACUUAGUAUUUGUGGAAGGUUAUUGGAACGUCAUUGGACAUGGAUCCAACUUGUAUCUACAUCUAGAUAAUUCUACUGGUAUUCUAUCUAUCCGCAACGGCACCGAUCACGAGUUUUGGAGAUCGAAGCCCGACUUAAGCUCUCUUUCCGGUGUCAAUGAGACCACCAUUUUCCGCGCAACACUUGACAAUGAUGGAAUUUUCCGGGKGUAUGCUCAUGGACCCAACUCGGUGUCGACUGUGUGGGAGGCACUGAGCAUGGACAAACGGUGUGAAGUCAAAGGUAUUUGCGGUUUUAACAGCUACUGCAGGAUGAUGAACAAUAAAACCGAUUGCCUAUGUCUUCCUGGGUUCGAUUUUGUUGACCCCAACCAGAAGUCUCUGGGCUGCCAAAGGAGCUUCACUGGUCCUGUAUGCAAACAUGGAGAAGGGAACAUUACGACGUCGUAUAACGUUGCUUCUCUGCAAAAUAUAUCUUGGGGAUCAUCCCCUUACUUUUCUGCAUAUAUUACAGAGGAGGAAUGCCGCAAGUCCUGUUCAGAAGACUGCGUCUGUGGUGCUUCAGUGUUCAAAAAUGGGUGGUGCGAUAAACACCAGCUUCCUCUGAGAUACGCGAGAUUGAACAUAGGCAGCACUGAAUUGUCCACUGCUUUCUUUAAGAUUGGUACUACGAAGAGUCAAAUGGAAAACAGUACCCAGCGAAGCCCAGUAAAGCCAGUGAUUGUGACCGAGAACAAAAUCAGUUCAUUGGUCCUUGUUGCUUUGGGUUUCUUUGGGUGCAGCUCAUGUUUUGCUGUUGCCAUCUCUGUUUUCUUUGUUUAUAGCCACCAAGUUCUAAAGAAUAGAUUGAUGGCAGAAAUGGGGAGUCUGGGUCAGAGGGAUGAGUUUACGCUACGGUUGUUUUCAUACAAUGAGCUCCAGAAAGCAACAGAGGGGUUCAAGGAGGAAUUGGGUAGGGGAUCCUUUGGCGCAGUUUACAGGGGGACUCUUUCUAAAGGUAAGAAAGUGGUUGCUGUAAAGAGACUAGAGAAAGUAGUCGAAGAAGGAGAACGAGAAUUUCGGGCUGAGAUGAGAGCAAUAGGGAAAACCCAUCACCGAAACUUGCUUCGGUUGCUGGGUUACUGUGCGGAGGGUUCAAAUCGACUUCUGGUAUACGAGUAUAUGAGCAACGGAUCACUUGCUAACCUUCUCUUCAAGUCCGAGAAACGCCCCUGUUGGGAUGACAGACUGAGGAUUGCAUUGGAUGUAGCAAAAGGGAUUCUCUACCUCCAUGAAGAGUGCGAGGCCCCUAUCAUCCAUUGCGAUAUAAAGCCUCAGAACAUACUGAUGGAUGAUUUUUGGACUGCUAAGAUAUCCGAUUUUGGCCUAGCCAAGCUGCUGAUGCCGGAUCAGACUAGAACUUUUACCCAGGUCAGAGGGACCAGAGGGUACUUGGCUCCAGAAUGGCAAAGGAACACACCCAUAUCAGUGAAGACUGAUGUUUACAGCUAUGGAGUGGUGCUGUUGGAGAUUGUUUGCUGCAGAAGGAACAUGGAUGUUACUGCAUCUACACCAGACGAGAUUGUUCUUUCUACUUGGGUCUAUUAUUGCUUUGUGACCAGACAACUGAAAAUGCUUAUACGUGAUGAAGAUGUUGAUAUGAGGACGUUGGAGACGAUGGUUAAGGUGGGAUUGUGGUGUAUUCAAGAUGAACCGGUUCUUCGCCCUUCAAUGAAGGCUGUGGUUCUCAUGUUGGAAGGCAUCAUCGAAGUACCUGUUCCUCCAACUCCUAAUCCUUCGUUCGUGUCAUCUGAGGACCCGUUUGGGUCGCAGUAAUAGGAGUUUCCUAUGAGAUCAACCGAACUGCUGCAGCACGAGAAAGCCCGGCGGUAAGUAAGUACCAAAUGUUUGCAGGCCGUCGUUGAGCUGGCCGAUUAGACCGUUUAACGCCAGAGAGAACUGGUCAGACCGGCAAUUCUCCAAACAGUUGUACGGAUUUAAGUUUCAAAAUCACUAAAUGA